UCACCUGAGGAUGAGCUCGUGACAACCUGAUCAACUCAUCAAAGGGACCCGCGCGCGCGCGCCGUCUUUGAAGACACCGCGAACAUGCACGCGCCACUUUGUGCGUUGCUGGCGCUCGUCGUGCGCGUGUGGGAGGCUGCAGGCGCGUGCCCGGCUUUGUGUGAGUGUUCCGAGUGGAAAGUAGUCCACACCAUCUCGUGUUUUGACAUCGACGUUCUCCCCACGUUCCCCUCCAGCACGGAGACAGUAUGGCUUUUGGAGACACGUCUUGCAGCUGUGCCUGCAGAUGCUUUUGCCAACAUGGUCAACAUCUCGAGGAUUUAUAUAUCAGUGGACAUGACUCUGCAGAGGUUGGAGAGACACUCGUUCUACAGCCUGAAGAAAAUCACCCACAUAGAGAUUCGAAAUGCAAAAAGUCUGACUUACCUUCACCCUGAAGCCUUUAAGGAUCUCCCAAACCUCAAGUACUUGGGGAUUUUUAAUACUGGCCUCACCGUCUUCCCCGACUUCAGCAACAUUCACUCGAUUGACAUGAACUUCAUACUAGAGAUUGCUGAUCAUCCCUACAUCACUGAGAUUCCGGCCAACUCGUUUCGUGGGAUCACCAGUGAUGUGCUGACCGUGAUGUUGUACGGAAAUGGCUUCAGAGAAAUCCAAAAUCACGCCUUUAAUGGGACCAAGUUGGAUCAAGUCUACCUUCACAGAAACAAGCACUUGAAGAAGAUGGAUGAAAAGGCUUUUGCAGGAACCAUCAGUGGCCCCUUACUUCUAGACGUCUCCCUGACACUGGUCACCUCCCUGCCCACUGUAGGCAUGGGGUCACUUCGGGAGCUGAUGGCGCGUGACACCUGGACCUUAAAGAAGCUCCCGCCCAUCAAAGCCUUCAAACAUCUCAUGACGGCUGAGCUCACCUACCCAAGUCACUGCUGUGGCUUCAAAAACCUAAAAAAAAAACGAGGCUUUUUGGAGUAUAUCAUCUGUAACCUAACAGCCUUCUAUGGCCAGCAUCACAAGCGCUCUGUGGGACCCCUUCGCAUGCCUUCCCUCCAAGAGGACAGUGUGGGGGAAACUGUCCCAGAUCAGGACCCAAGUAAUGGAGGCCACAGAGAGUCCCAGCAAGACUGGCGGAGAGGCGAUUUCCACGGCAGCCUUCAUUACCAUGCCUACUUCGGGGGCGAGCCAGACGAGGAUGUGGGUUUUGGAGACACGCUCAAGAACCCCCAGGAGGACACCAGCCAAUAUUUUGACAGUCGUUACGAUUAUGUGGUGUGUGAGGAGGGAGAAGAGGUGGCGUGUUCGCCAGUCCCCGAUGAGUUCAAUCCUUGUGAGGACAUAAUGGGUUUUGGCUUCCUGCGAGUAUCCGUGUGGUUUGUGAGCCUGCUGGCUGUGCUGGGAAAUGUGGUGGUGCUCUUGGUGCUGCUCACCAGUCACUACAAACUCUCAGUCUCCCGCUUCCUCAUGUGCCACCUGGCCUUUGCAGAUCUGUGCAUGGGGAUUUAUCUGUUGCUUAUCGCCUCCGUAGACCUCCACACACGAGGCGAGUACUUUAACCAUGCCAUCGACUGGCAGACAGGCCCUGGAUGUGGACUUGCAGGGUUCUUCACCGUUUUCGCAAGCGAACUGUCCAUCUACACCUUGACUGUCAUUACUCUGGAGAGGUGGUAUGCUAUCACAUUUGCAAUGCGGCUGGAUCGUAAGCUGCGCCUGUCGCACGCGGCGGCUGUGAUGCUAGGUGGUUGGAUCUUCUGCUUCCUCCUAGCACUGCUGCCACUUGUUGGGGUAAGCAGUUACCAGAAGGUCAGCAUCUGUCUCCCGAUGGACACCCAGUCUGCACCAGCUCAGGUCUACAUCGUCUCAGUGCUGGUUCUCAACAUCCUGGCCUUUCUUGUCAUCUGUGCAUGUUACUUCAAAAUCCACUGCGCCGUGCACAACCCUCACUACCAUUCUGGCUCCAAAGACACCAACAUUGCCAAGCGUAUGGCUGUCCUCAUUUUCACCGACUUCAUGUGCAUGGCACCGAUCUCCUUCUAUGCCAUGUCAGCUGUUCUGGACCGACCACUCAUCACUGUGUCAAACUCAAAGAUUUUAUUGGUACUUUUCUACCCGCUCAAUUCCUGUGCUAAUCCGUUCCUCUACGCCAUCUUCACCAAGGCCUUCAUGGGGGACGUGUUCAUCCUCCUCAGUAAGGUGGGGUUGUGUCAGCGGAGAGCGCAGUUGUUCAGAGGCCAGACAGUCUCAUCCAAAGGCAGUAGUGGGACAUGUCAGGUCCGUCGAGACAAGGAUAAGGCCAGGAAAGGUGGAAUUGGACACCGGGAAGAGGUCCCCAUCCACCUGCAAGAGUGCUCUGCACACACCUACCACCAACCAGUCCGCAAACAGACAAGUCCUGAACAGAGUCGGUGCCUGGACACGUGAGCCAAACACCAGCUGGAGGCAGUGAAGCAAGAAUUUCAAGCUGGUGAGAUGAGGCCUUGAGGAAUUUGUGGACAGAUUUGUUUGGAUAUUUAACAGAAACUAUUCUGUAUCUGCUUCAGUUUUCAGGCCAAGUUAAGCUGUUUUCACAACUUCAGCUGUGAUAAUUUUAUGGUUCCAGUUGUUGGAGAAUAUCGUGCGUCCCCAAAACACGGCUGUAUGUUCAUGUCUUUUAUAGGCUUUUGUGUAACGACUGUAGCUAGAACAG